GUUAACAGUGCUACCAACAACAGUCGUUCUGUACUUGUUUUUAUCGGGACGAAUACGUUAAUUAGCUAUUGCAAUAAAUGAAUUAUAAGUUUAGAUAACAGUGUUUAUCAUUUGUUCGUUUGUUAAAUUUUUACAGCUCGUGUUCAGAUAAUGCGUUUGGGACAUUUCACUAAAAGUUUUGACCAUAGGUUUUGACCAAAAAUCCCUAACUGAAAGAGGAGGUUUGGCGUUUCGACUUAUCAAAAAUGCCAACCACUCCACCCCAAAUAUCUCCCGUGGAGGAACAGGAAAAGUACCUUCAGGAUGCCUUGGGGGUGGUCAAAGCACAGGCUUUUCAUAUGAAAAGAGCUCUCGAUAAAAACAAACUGAUGGAUGCAUUGAAGAACGCUAGUGCGAUGCUUGCCGAACUGCGGACGUCUUUAUUAUCACCCAAGAGUUAUUAUGAGCUUUACAUGGCCAUCACAGACGAGUUGCGCCACUUGGAACUCUAUCUUUUGGAUGAGUUUCAAAAGGGGCGCAAAGUUACAGAUUUGUAUGAACUUGUACAAUACGCCGGGAACAUUGUCCCCCGACUCUAUCUUUUAAUCACAGUCGGUUUAGUUUAUAUUAAAACAAACAGCGCGUUAAGACGCGACCUACUCAAGGAUUUAGUAGAAAUGUGUAGAGGAGUGCAACAUCCAUUACGCGGCCUUUUCUUGCGUAAUUACCUGCUGCAGUGUACGAGGAACGUCCUGCCAGAUAGCCCUGAUUCUGACGCUGAUAAUCCUGAGGGAACUGUGAGGGAUUCUAUUGAUUUUGUUUUGAUGAAUUUCGCCGAAAUGAACAAAUUGUGGGUCAGGAUGCAGCAUCAAGGCCAUUCGAGAGAACGACAACAUCGGGAAAGGGAAAGAGAAGAACUCAAAAUUCUAGUGGGGACAAAUCUGGUUAGGCUGAGCCAACUAGAGUCUGUUACAUUGGAGAAGUACCAAAAACUCGUUUUGCCCGGGAUUUUAGAACAGGUUGUGAGCUGUCGGGACGCCAUCGCGCAGGAGUACUUGAUGGAGUGCAUAAUCCAAGUGUUUCCUGACGAGUUUCACAUCAAAACCCUCAAUCCGUUCCUAAAAUCAUGCGCCGAGUUGGAAUCUGGUGUCAAUGUGAAAAACAUUGUCAUAAGUUUAAUGGAACGUUUGGCUUUGUUCAGUCAAAGAUCUGACGCUUUGGGCAACGAAGGAGCAACAAUUCUGCAACAAGUCCAACUCUUUGAAGUUUUUUCGGAUCAAGUAGCUUCGAUCAUAGCCAAUCGGCAGUAUUUACCACCGGAAGACAUGAUCGCACUGCAAGUAGCUUUGGUGAAUUUGGCCUUGAAGUGUUACCCUGAUCGUAUUGAUUAUAUCGAUAAGGUGAUGUUGAAUAGUGUUGAAGUUUUCCAACGUUUGGGACUUGAACAUCUUGAAUCGAACUCGUUGGUGGCCAAAGAGUUGCAAAAAUUAUUAAAAAUACCAUUGGAUAAUUAUAAUAAUUUAUUAACCAUUUUAAAAUUGAAGCAUUAUGCCGGUUUGAUGCAACAUUUAGAUUACGCGGGACGGAAAUCUUUGAGUAUUUAUAUCUUGAAUAAUGCUCUAGAUAACGACACCAUUGUACCGACGCAAGAAGAGACUGAACAAGCUUUAAAUUUGUUGAGUCCUUUAGUUAACGAUAAGGAAGAACAACCACUUGGAGAGCUUGAUUUGGAAGAAUUGGCUGAGGAGCAGUGUUUAUUGGCUAGAUUUAUCCACCAAUUGAAAUCUGACGUCGCUGACGACCAAUACCUCAUCCUCACGGCAGCUCGCAAGAUCUUGGGCGGCGGUGGUCCUCAACGUAUCAAAUACACGUUUCCCCCGAUCCUCUUCCAGGCCUAUCUCCUCGCCUACAAAUACAAAGAAAUCAAAGACGAGAAAUGGGAAAAGAAGUGUCAGAAAAUUUUCCAGUUUUGCCAUUCCGCCAUCACGACCUUAGUCAAGGCCGAGUUGGCAGAACUACCUUUGCGCUUAUUCCUCCAGGGGGCGCUCGCGAUCGACCAAAUCGGGUUCGAAAACCACGAGACUGUGGCUUACGAAUUCAUGUCUCAAGCAUUUUCACUUUAUGAAGAUGAAAUUUCCGAUUCGAAGGCUCAAUUAGCUGCCAUAACCCUAAUCGUAGGGACUUUGGAACAAAUCAGUUGUUUCUCGGAAGAGAAUUCGGAUCCGUUGCGAACGCAGUGUGCUUUGGCAGCGAGCAAGCUAUUGAAGAAACCUGAUCAGUGCCGAGGUGUCGCCACCUGUUCUCAUUUGUUUUGGAGCGGGAAGAGUUUGGCGAGUAACAGGGAGGAGGCGCACGACGGAAAGAGAGUGGUGGAGUGUCUCAAAAAGGGGCUGCGGAUAGCCAAGCAGUGCAUGGAUGUCAGCGUGCAAGUUCAGUUGUUUGUUGAGUUGUUGAAUCAUUAUAUCUAUUUCUUUGAGAAAGGGAACGAUCAAGUGAGUGUGCAGGUUCUGAACCAAGUUAUUGGAAAGAUUAAAGAGGAGUUGCCGAAUUUAGAGAGUUCUGAUGAGACAGAUCAGAUUACUAAACAUUUUAAUAACACUUUGGAACAUCUGAGGGCAAGACUUGAGACGCCUGAUGCAGAUGGAGUUUCGUACGAGGGACUGGAACUUUGAAUGCGAUCGUAUUGAAUUAUUGUUAAUUGUAUUGUUUUUUAAUAUAAUAUGUAUAUUAUGAUCUAUCGAAAUAAAAAUAAUGGCACCAA